GAGGUCGGGUCAGGUGUGGACCCGGGUGGAGGGCAGACCACAGACCACCUUCGGCCAGGGUCAAGGAAUGACUCUGAGGGUGUGUGUGUGUGUGUGUGUGUGUGUGUGUGUGUGUGUGUGUGUAACUCAACAUGGGCGCAUCCCUUCCCUAGGCCAACACAGUACGGUUAGGCACAACCUCGGGGUGCAGGGUUUUAAGCACGAUCCCCACAAAACCCGGAAGGCCGGCCCUGGGUGGGGCGCCGUGGGUGGGCGUCUGGGCGGCGAGUCCCCUGCAGAGGGUGGGAAAGAGCCCAGCGCGCUCGCUGCGCCCGGCUUCGCUCCAGGCGCCCCGGAAACGCCGCGCCGGCGGAGCUGGCAGCCCGCCCCCAGUUCGCACUUAGCGGAGAGGGGAAGGGAGAAAAGGAGGAGGGAGCGGCCUCUACUUCCUGAAUCGCCUGCAGAUCCAAGUCGCGAGCUCAGUCUACGCUGCGCCACGAUGUCCGGAGGGUCAGCCAAGAGCCUGGAGAAGGGAAGUGUCCCCCCAGGGCCGGUCCCAGAGGGCCUGAUCCGAAUCUACAGCAUGAGGUUCUGUCCCUUUGCGCACAGAACGCGGCUGGUCCUCCUGGCCAAAGGCAUCAGCUAUGAGGUUAUCAACAUUAACCUGAGAAACAAGCCUGACUGGUACUAUACAAAGCACCCCUUUGGCCAAAUCCCUGUCCUGGAAAACAGCAGAUGUCAGCUGAUCUACGAAUCUGUGAUCGCUUGUGAGUACCUGGAUGAUGCUUAUCCGGGAAGGAAGCUGUAUCCAUAUGACCCUUAUGAGCGAGCUCGCCAAAAGAUGUUAUUGGAGCUAUUCUAUAAGGUCCCACAUUUGACCAAGGAGUGUCUGGUAGCAUUAAGAUGCGGGAAAGAAUGCUGUGAUCUGAAGCUAGCCCUUCGUGAGGAAUUCUGCAACCUUGAAGAGAUUCUUAGCUAUCAGAACACCGUCUUCUUUGGUGGAGACUGUAUAUCCAUGAUUGAUUACCUCUUUUGGCCCUGGUUUGAGCGGCUGGAUGUAUAUGGAAUAGCUGACUGUGUGAACCACACCCCAGCUCUUCGGCUCUGGAUCGAGGCCAUGAAGCAGGACCCCACGGUGUGUGCUCUUCUCAUAGAUAAGAACAUUUUCCUGGGCUUCUUGAAUCUCUAUUUUCAGAACCACCCCGAUGCCUUUGACUAUGGGCUGAGUUGCUGAGCCCCAUGGUCCACCCCUUCACCACCCAGAAUUCCCAUGCAUGUUGUGACACUGUUCCAGGAGUUGUUUGGGUGGGUCAAUCAAUCUCUGUUCCUUUUUUUUGAGGUUCCUAAUAAACAUGGAGACAGAAAA